UAUAUAAGAUUCUUGCCUCCCAAGUUUCCGCGUCGUGCCCUAGACUUUUCUCUCCUCUCCAAAUCUAUCUCGUUAUCGUCCUUAGCUUUCGUUUUACACAGAAAAAAAAUUUAAGAUGGCCCGUACGAAGCAAACUGCUCGUAAGUCUACCGGCGGCAAGGCUCCAAGGAAGCAGCUUGCUACUAAGGCUGCUCGCAAGUCGGCUCCGACAACCGGGGGCGUGAAGAAGCCUCACAGAUAUCGCCCUGGAACCGUUGCUCUUCGUGAAAUCCGUAAGUACCAGAAAAGUACCGAGCUUCUCAUCAGGAAACUGCCCUUCCAAAGGCUUGUGCGUGAAAUUGCCCAGGACUUUAAGACUGAUCUGCGUUUCCAGAGCCAUGCCGUGUUGGCGUUGCAAGAGGCAGCGGAGGCAUACCUGGUUGGAUUGUUCGAAGAUACCAACCUCUGCGCUAUCCACGCUAAGCGUGUUACAAUCAUGCCCAAAGACAUUCAACUUGCCAGGAGGAUUCGUGGUGAAAGGGCUUAAUUCACUCUCUACAAAGCCUGAUUGUUGCUCUAGAAUGUGGUAAUAGGCUGAUUUGUACUUGUGAUAUUUGCUCAAGUAUUCACAAUUUAGGGUGGAUUUCAUCGAAUUCGGAUGCUGUAAAACCCUUAAUUAGACUUUGAUUCAUAUUCAUUUAGGUGGCUUUAGUCGUAUUUUGAUGCCAUAAAAAGUUAAAGCUAAUUAUAGAUUUGGUUUGAUCCGUUGUGUCUUCUCAUGAUCAUGGAAAUUAGAAAAUAAAAAACUUUGACGGUCAAAAAUCCUUGCGAGCCGCAUGGUUUGAUCGACGGUUUCUAUUA